ACUCCUCAGCUUGGCUUUCUCUAGUAAUUCAGAGAACUCCAAGCUUGAGAUUCCAUAGCUAUUUAGCUCCAUUUUUUUUUUUUUGUUCUGAACCACACAAAAAAUUACCAAAAAAGUUUCAAGAUGCAGACUAUUUCUCCUCCUUAUACUAACAAUCUUAAUUCCUUAGUGAGGACGAGCCCGCACAAGUUCACCGGAGCCUGCUCACCGGUGCGGCUAGCCGUUCAUUGCGUUUUUAGAUCUGACUCCGUCCAGUUCCCUAAUGGAAUCGGUUAUAACCGAGCUGAUUGGCAGAGCUCCUGCGCCAUCCUUUCCAGCAAGGUGGUUUCCUUAGAGCAGCCCACCGACAAGUCUAGUGGCGGAGCCGGAGGAGCUGACCACGUUGCUUCCGUCAAUGGUCACAAGACAUCGGUGGAGAACCUCAAUCUUAUACCGAUCGAUGCUGCUACUAGCCACAGCGGACCGCCGGCGUCCCAGCCGCAGAAGCCGUUAUCAAUUACGGAUCUCUCUCCGGCGCCUAUGCACGGAUCUAAGCUUCGCGUGGCGUAUCAGGGAGUCCCCGGUGCAUACUCUGAAGCGGCGGCAGGGAAGGCCUAUCCGAACUGUGAGGCCAUUCCGUGCGACCAAUUUGAAGUGGCUUUCCAGGCUGUGGAGCUCUGGAUUGCUGACCGUGCUGUGCUGCCUGUUGAAAAUUCCCUCGGCGGUUCUAUUCAUCGGAACUACGAUCUACUCCUCCGCCACAGGCUGCACAUCGUCGGCGAGGUCCAACUACCUGUCCACCACUGCCUCCUCGCUCUCCCUGGAGUUCGGAAAGAGUACAUCACUCGAGUCAUUUCUCACCCCCAAGCACUCGCCCAAUGUGAGCACACACUCACCAAACUCGGCCUCCAGGCUGCACGGGAGGCUGUAGACGACACAGCCGGAGCCGCAGAGUAUAUCGCCACCAACAAUUUGAGAGACACCGCCGCAAUCGCUAGCGCACGCGCCGCCGAGCUCUACGGUAUGCAGAUUCUCGCAGAUGGGAUCCACGAUGACUCCAGCAACGUGACUCGGUUCGUGAUGCUAGCCAGGGAGCCAAUUAUUCCCCGAACAGAUCGGCCAUUCAAGACAAGCAUAGUGUUCGCGCACGACAAAGGCACGAGCGUGCUCUUCAAGGUGCUCUCAGCUUUUGCUUUCCGGAACAUAAGCUUGACGAAGAUAGAGUCUCGGCCGCACCGGAACCGCCCGAUCAGGCUGGUGGACGACGCCAAUGUCGGUACUGCGAAGCACUUCGAGUACAUGUUUUAUGUUGAUUUCGAGGCGUCAAUGGCGGAGGUGAGGGCACAGAACGCGUUGGCGGAGGUGCAGGAGUUCACGUCUUUCUUGAGGGUGCUGGGGAGUUAUCCUAUGGACAUGACCCCAUGGUGUCCUUCGAGGGAUGACUAGUAUUCACCGUUUAUUGAAUUAAAGGCCAAAAAAAAUCAGUGUUUGCAGUUUGCACAAACAGCAGGGGAAUAUGAUUUAAGCAUUCCCUUUUUUAUUUUUAUUUUUUUUUUGUAAUUUUUAAUUCAUCAAUGAAUGGACAGACCAACAACAGGAAAAUGAAUGCUUGAAUAUAUGGGUGGCUCUUACGUACAA